AUGAAUCCAAUAAAUAAUCAUUUUAGGGUGAAAUGUGGGAAAUGUUUUCCCUUUUUUGCUAUGGAGUCUCUACUUCAUGAAAUUAGAAGUGAAAUAUUUAAAUUUAUAGAUACACCUAUUUCACUUAUUCUUACAGAUCGCAAAUGGUAUGCUGUCUCGCAAGAUCCUCAUGUUCGUGGGGAAUGGUUAAUAUAUAAAUAUGGUCGAUCCCACGCUUUGUUUCAUGGCGUUAGGCUUGGAAAUGAUUUUUUAAAGCUUGACGUUGUUCAGGCAUUGCUCGCAAGAAAUGCCAUGAUUUCUAGAUAUUUUGUACAACGUCUAUUAAUGCAUUUUGGGUCAUAUGAUGAAAAACUUAUAGAACUUAAGAUCCAACAUAAUGUAAAUCAAAUUGAUUUUGAUAGAAUUCGUGCUUUUCAAAAGAAGUUACGUUGUCCUUGGGCUAGUAAUCUACCUUUACCAAUUUUUACUAAACUAAUCACUGAAGGAUAUAAUACUUUAAGUGAUCAUGAUCUUGUGAUGAAAGGGAAUGAUAUGGAAUUAUUUCAUUUUCUAUCGGCUGGUCCUCUUGUCAUUAAUGAUGCUCCUCAAAAACUUCUUCAAAAUCUUAAUAAUAUUGAAGAUUUGAUUUUAAAUAAAAAGUUUGUACCUUUCCCCCCUCGUCCUAAACCUAUUUUCGAAGAUACCAUAGAAUAUAUUCAAUUAAUGCAAGCGAGAGCUCAUGAAGAUUAUCCUCCGAAGGAUGGCUAUGAAAAUAGUCGUCAACUUAAUGUCGUGGCUAGAGCGAUAUUGAUACAUCCUGAUUUAGUAAAUUUAUGGAAGAAAAUUGGCUAUCGCGAAGUUUGUAGUGAUGUCAACGAACUCGUGAUGCAAGGCGCUCUUUUAACUUUAUUCCCUCCUACUCCACCCAAUAGUUGGGUAAUUCCUGACGUUAAUUCCAUUGUAACUCGUUUAAGACAACUCCUUGAUCUCGGAUUCCAAUUAACUGAAAUUGUUAUGGAAGAAGCGUUUCAUUUAUUCGAACAUAGAUUAAAUGAAAUGGGCGAUCUUUUGAUAAGUUCGUUUCAAAAAAUUCGUAAUGAAUCAAAAUCCACUAUUUCUCGAUCUUGCCUCAUCCAAGCCAUAAAACCCGAAAGAAAUCAUAGAAAAUUUGAUUUAUUGGAAUUCUUGAUUAAUAGAAUUGAUCAACCAGAAGAAGCUUUAGAAGACGCAUUAAAUCAUUAUAACGUUGGGUUUAAAUAUGACUCCAAUUCACUUACAUCAUCAAAAAUGAGAUCAUUGUCGGUUCAUUCAAAUUUUUAUUAUUGGGUACUUAAAAAAUAUGGUCCAAAUUCUAGAAUUACGCAACUAUGUUUUGAUGAUAUUUUAGAAUCAAGAAUUUGGAUAGAUUUAAAAUUAAAUGAAAAUCCUGAAUUAGACGUUCCGGAACAUCUUACUUCACAAGCAUAUAAUUCAAUUUGUUCUAUUUAUUUAGAAUUUUGCAAUGACAGAAUUCCAUUUAAAGCAAAUUAUUUACCAUAUUUGAAAUUAUCCAACGAUGAAGAGAUAAUUAAACCAUUUUUUGAAAUAGGAUUACCAAUUAUUUUUAAUUUAGAAUUAAAUAGCAAAUUGCUUUAUGAUAUUAGUUAUGAAUGCAAUAGACCAGAGUAUAAAAUUAAUAAAAUUACUCAGAAACAUAGAAGAAAAAAUAAUAAGGUGAUCAAAAUAAAUAAGAAUGAGGUGAAGGAAUGGUUUAGAAUAUUUAAGAAUAUAUAUUACGAUCACGCUCCUGUAAAUAAUUCUAUUACCGACGUUUUUAGAAGAUAUUUGGAAGAAUUUUGGGAAAGAAUUAAUUCGUCUCAAACUUUAGAAAUUGAUGAUUAAAUUGGGCAUUGAUACUUUAUAAGUUCUUGAAAAAAGGAAAGUAAUUUUACUUUUAUUAAAAUGUUCAAUUAAUUAAAUUAUAUUAAAGAAAUUGUUUUUGGUCGGUCCUCAAAAUAUAACCCGUUGAAUUACUCGUAUCGUGAAUAAUAACGAAUAAAGCUUUUCUAAUUGUUCUUUUCGAAUAUCAAAUUUAAAUUUUUUCUCGCCUCCCUUUAUUUCUCAAUGUGUAUAAUAUACUGUACAUGUUGCCGAAACUCGGCAAUUUCGGAAUAAUUUCCUUCGGCUAAUCAUUCUAAAGCGAAACUCAAGUCGAAAGUUGGGCCGAAAUUUC